GAACGCUAACAAAGUAAUAAAUAACAUCACAAAGAAAAAAGUAUUAUAGUUAUAGCACUACAACAUUAAUAUUGAACAUUUGAAUACGUUUUUACCACUUUAAGCUAUAACAAACUAUACAUUCUUUAAAACUACUAUAUUUUCAAAUAUUUAGUACUAUUGACUAGUUUGUCAUAGCUUAUGGUCUAAAAAUCACUAUCAAUUGAUAUUUAUACACAUCAUAAGAAAUAAGAAUAAAUAUUUACAAAUAGUAGAACCAUAAUUGUAAAACAAGAAGCUACCAAUAGAAUAAAAUGUCUGACAAUGAAAGUUCUAUUCCAUCGCCAACCUUAAGUAAACUAUCGACAUCAGGUACCACUAACAAAUUGUUAACACCUUGCCGUACAGUAGGACUCAAGAGGAAGUCCACAGGUACACUAACCCCCAAAACUAUUUCAAAGAAAAUAAAAUUUGUUGAUGAUACUUCAAAAUCCACCGAAGUUGCUGAAAACGUAACAACAUUAAAUGUUAAAGCUGAAGACGAUUCAAUUUUAGAAUUGGAGUAUGACGAUGAAACAUUACUUUUAUUAGAGAAACGUCGUAUUAUAGAAGAUCUCAUAUCUGAACUAAAAAAUAGUGAACAGCAUAAUUUAGAUCAAUUAGAAAAGGUAACAAAAAAAUGGUUAAGUGCGUGUCAAGGGGCGGUGACAUCAAUGUUCAAUAAAAUAAAUGAAAAAGGAAAUUCCAAUAUAAAAACUAUAGAAGAUUUAAUUAGACAUUUAGGCAUUUGUCCUGAUGUAAUUCAAUUUGACUCAAAUACUCAAGAAUUUUACUAAAAAUAAAUAAAUACUAUGAGUACAAACAUACAAUUUAAGAGUUAAUUACUUAUUUAAUUAAAAUAGUUAUUAAAAUCAUUAACAAUAAAACAAUAUUAUUUUGAAUUAAUAA